CAUUAUUCCUUACUGAUCUUUAUUCCGUAUCCAUUCGGCAUUGCACUCCAUUCGGCAUUGAAGGGUAAACGACAAAGCAUUAAAAUGAAGCUGGAGCUUUUCUCUUCGAGUCGCAUAUCGGAGAAGGACAUGUUCAGUGACGGUGACGUGAUUUUGGAUUCGUCACUGUAUGCCGAGGAAGAGUUGGGCUCGGACGGAGACUGUACAGCCAAUAGCCCGGCGCCAGCUACGGUAAUUUCCGAGAGCAAGUCCAAACCGUACACUCGCAGACCCAAGCCACCGUACUCGUAUAUCGCACUUAUCGCCAUGGCCAUUCGGGACUCAGCCACGGGUCGCCUUACAUUGGCCGAAAUAAACGACUACCUGAUGAAUAAGUUUCCCUUUUUCCGGGGAACCUACACGGGCUGGCGAAACUCUGUCCGGCACAACUUGUCGCUGAAUGAUUGUUUUCUGAAAGUGCUCCGUGAUCCCUCACGUCCCUGGGGUAAGGAUAACUACUGGAUGCUAAACCCGCAUAGUGAGUACACGUUUGCAGACGGCAUCUUCCGCCGAAGGAGGAAGCGCAUCACUAAAAAACCUCUCAAGAACUUGGAAACUCAGGAGCGCGUUAUAAAGCAUAUGCGAAUACCACUGCGCGAGGAGAGCACCGGCACAAAGUUUUCCAGCUCGUUCGCCAUCGACACCAUCCUCAGUAAACCAUUCAGAAGCAGAGAGGAAAACAGGGAUAGCUUUUGGAGCAGUGCUAGGCUAAUGUUGCACGCUCCAUCACACUUCGUGCCGUUUGUCUUAAGAUAUCCACCGGUCAUCGUCCCUCUUGCUACACAGCCUGAAUUGCAAGUCACUUCCGUAGUGUCGCAGGGGUUUGAAGGUUGUACGCGUGAUACGCGGGACAUAACUAAUCACUCUAAGUGCGCGCCUGAUUUUUUGAAGCCGCUUCAGGCUCUUCCUCAUUCUCACCCAUUUACCUUUACUGCAGAAGAUCCUCGGUAUCACCCCUUCAGUAUGGACUCUCUGCUGUCUUAGGGCAGGAAGGCUGUCAGAAAGACAUGCACACAAAUACACCAGUAAUGUAUACUUUGUUGUAUGCAUUGAACAUAUUUGGGGUACAUUGCAUAUAAUUUAUCUACUGCAUAGAAAAUACAUAAAAUAUGUAUGUUAUGUGUAGUACAUUGCUGUGGACGUAAACAGUGAUUAGAUACCCUUUAAAUGUGGCGUCGGAGUUGAUGUGUGCUUACUGAUUCCAGUGUCUUGUUAACGAUGCCAAGAGUAUGAUUAAUAUAUAUUUAAAUGUAUAUAGUUUGUAAUUGUGAUCUUGUUUGCGUGAAGGUUUUGUCAGUAACCGCUUCAAGAGCUGCGCUCCAGAAGACGGGCAAGGCUGUUUGUGUAACAUUUAAAUGGUACUUUUCUUCAAAAAGA